AACUUCUUCUUCCCAACUUAGCCAUUCAUGGUGACUGACAAGUCAUGAUAAUUUUUUAUAAAACAAAUAGUUAUUCGCAAUGGACGAUUCGUUUUUCGGUUUUGAUACAACUACAAGUAUACCGGAUGAUGAUGGCAGCGACGGGCGAAUCGCUGAGCCCCCGGAAGAAGAGUACGACGCCCUCAACGACGAGACGUUCGGCUCUGCCAUAAACGGCGAUUGGGAGGAAGCCCACGAAACGCUUGUCCUACUUGGCGGCAACGGCGAAAAAGCUCGCAAAGACUUUACAGAUCAUGACUCUAGCGGUAACGGUGCUUUGCUUAAUCGGCAACAGCAAUUGCCGUUGCGUGGGUUUCAGAGCGGUAGCAUCGACGACUUAGACUUGGAAUUAAAUUUAUCAUCAAUAAAAUUAGACGAUGUAGAUUUAAGUACGUUCGGUGAAAGCGAUGGAAGCAAUCGCAUUAACUUGGACUCUGGCGUUUGGACUACCCAACCCUCCUUCCCCUUGCCCAGCAAUCAAAAUCUUUUUCGAGACAACUUUCGCAGCGCAUUUAAGCCCCAGCCGCAGGCAGACGCAUCCGCAGCCGUAAUGGCAAUCACGCAAAUAAAGCCACUGCAGGAGGCGAACGCCAAUUUUGGGAUACCGCCGAUGCCAACAGCGGCGACAGCUAAAAUCACAACACUCGAAGACAUUGAACGUAAUCUGAUCAUACAACAGGCAGUGCCCAAACAACAACUACAUCAGCAGCAUCCACAGCCUCUGCCCCAACAGGAUUUGAAUUUAAUCAAUCGGCAGCAUUUGGUGUCAACGGCAACAUUAGCCCAACACCAACAACAGCUACAAAAGCAACCGCCGCAGCACAAGGCACCUCCUGGAUUUUUAGCCACGUCUCAAACGCCGCCGCCAAGGCCAAAUAUAGGUUUUCAUGGUCCACAUCAGAUGGGCGGAUCCAGCGCAGGGCCGGGUCUAAUGCCCACGCCGCAGCCACAGCAUCAACAGCUAAAUGGAAUCAGUGGGAAUCGUGCGCCGCCAGGAUUUAUGUAUCCAACUGGCCUAGCUACGAACCUGCCGCAGCAUCCCCUAUUGCAGCAGCAUGUUUUGCCGCCCAAUUUUCCUCGUCCACUGCCAAAUCCACAUCUGCCCACGGCGCUCAACAACUUUGCCAUGCAUCCCAGCUUCAAUGCGAUGCGCGCCGUUGGCUUGCAUUCAGCGGCCUACAUGCCUGUGUUGCCGCCCCGCCUGCCGCCACACAAUCUGCUUAAUCAGCAACCCAACUCGAUGUACAACAUGUUUAACAUGCGACUGGUUCAGGAAAUUCAGCAGAACCAUCCGCUGCUGCAGAACGCGGCAGCUGCUCGCCAGCAGCAGCAGCUCAGCCGACCCGGCGAUCGCCAAAAGCAGCAGCAGCUGCUUCCGCAGCAGAUGCAGCAGCAACAACAACAGCAACAGCAGCAAAUGAACCGUUACGGCGGUAACCUGCCUCAGGAGGAGUUCGACGAAUAUGCAAAUCUGAUGAGUACGCGAGACAAGCAUUGGCUGAUUGGCAUCCAGCUGUCACAGCUGAACACGGACACUCCGUACAUUGACGACUACUAUUACACGGUGUACAGGGAGCGCAAGAACGGACAGGUUCGUCACAGUCAGGCACACAAGGACAACCAGCUGAAUCAUCCACUGACGCAGCCGCGAGGUCAUGCGCAGCUCAUUCUGGUUCAGUUGGGCAACAAAAAUGGCUCUCGCAACGGGCAACAGCAUCGCGAAAGACGCAACUCGGACAACACGAGCAGCAGCAACACCAGCGGCAUCACAAACAGUGGCAACAACAGCAACAUCCUCUCUGGAUAUGUGUUCUCUCCCCUAAAGUUUGAAAACUCUCUGGGCAAGUUGCAGUACGGAAGUGUGACGGCGCCCCGCAAGAUAAUUGAUGCUGAGAUCAUGGGCAGCGACAGCGCAACCACGGACAAUACUGGGUCAGCAUCGUCAGCUACUAGGCAGAGCUCCGAUAAAAACAAUGAGGGCCAACCCGAGGUGGUGCUUGUGCCGAGCAGCAUGCGGAAGUCGCGACAUAUUUUGCUGCACAUAGAGACCCUAUAUAGGUAUCUGCUCAAGUUGGAGGACCUAGAGAGUCCGGAGGUAAUGGCAACCAUUAUAUUGAAGAAGAAGAAGGAGAGCGAACGCAUUGCCGCCGUGGAGCAACUCGAGAUGGCGAAUAAAACGCCCGAAGAGCGAGCGGCUGAGGCGAAUAAUCCACAAAGCAUGAAUCCAGCGCUUAAGAACAAAUUCAACUAUGAAAUUGAGCCGCGCGAUGUUUUAGUGAGUAAGCUGAAAGCCGGCCUCACUUUCAAUAAGGUUGUAUCGAUGAUGAACGUGCGCAAGGGCAAGAUACUAUUACGCCGCAUAAUGCCAUUUAUUGCUGAUCAGCCGAUACGUUGGACAGUGUGGAGCGGAGUGUUCUGUUCACUGCAAAAUGUUGUUAAGAAAGAUCGAGAAGAUGUGGACGGUUGUCUCUUUGCGCUUUAUCCGGAAUUCAAAAAUCAAAUACAUGAAGCGAAUUUAGAAACAAUUAUCAACAUUUCAACUGCGUUUACCAUGACCGAUAAAAAGAUGUCGGGCAUUUUCUGUAGUCGCUUUGGCAUUCUGUCGCUUGUCGGAUUGAUACUACGCGUAGAGGCGAUCUACGUUUCAAACACCGACUCAACGCUUACCGAGGAGAGCCGACAAAAGUGGCGUGAGUUUCUUGCGCAGGUUGCAUCCUGUCUUAAUCGCACCAUUCAGAAUCAAACCAUCUCGGCGGCUAUUGAGUCAGAUGCGAUUCAACCAAUGAUGAAUCACUUUGCGCGUUUCAAAGACUUGAAACUAGAUGCGCUUCUAGCUUUAAUUACGCAAGCUAAACAUCAAAUUAAUUAAACGCAGGCAUUAUUCCUUUUUUUUAAACUAAUUUUGGGAUGAGAAAGUCAUAAUAGAAAAUAACAAAAACUCCCAUGUAUGAGGUCUGACAUUAAUGUCUUAUUCAGCAGUUAAUAUAUAUGUUUAAAAAAUGCAUUGUGCUGUAUUGUUUGAUUUUACAUAUACAUUAUGAGAAACGCGCACAAUUUGUAAAAGAAAUUCAUUCACACACACACAUACAUGUACAUAUAUCACCAGCAGAGCUCAUAUAUAUAAUGAAACGCGAAACAAAAUAUAAAAGUACUCGUAAAAAUUAGUUAACCAUGUAAGCAACUGCAAAAACAACAAACAAAAAUUAACGUUGUUUUCAUCAAACGUAUUUGUUCACUUCAAGGAUCCAAAUACUUUGUUAUGGCAUUAAAGAUUUUGCUCAUUGUAUAUAUGCCAUUCUGUAUUUAAUAGUGAAUGAUUGUCGACAUCUAUAUUUUAUUGAGACCUGUUAAAUUGUUUACUUGGCUGAUUUUCAUAAGUUACAUUUGUGAGUAAUUCAAAAUUGCCUAUAAUUAAACUAUUUCAAAUUUAAAAUAUACAUAUAUAUAUACAUAUAUUUAUUGUACUUUUGACAAUUUAAUGAAUUCAUUUUAAUUUGUUCCACUCUUUCAUUAUUUAUGUCAAAUUUUUAUUAGUAACUUUUUAUCUAAUUUUGGUACUUUGUAAAUAUCAGACUUGAAUUGCAUUGGAGAAUGUAUUUUUUUUUUGUUUUUUUAUGAAUUAAAUUAAGGUAAACCCCUUUAAACACAAUGCAACGUUGUCUCACAUGCAUACAAUUUUAUAUAUAUAUAAUAUAUACAUAAAAGUUUCUAUUACAACAAAUAUUCAAAAUUGUGAUACAUUUUGUGUAUUUAAAAGAGCCUAAAAUGUAAGCAGAAUUGUAACAGCACAUAAUUGCUCAUUUCUGUUUUUUUUAGAAAUAUAUACAAAAAGAAAAGCAACAAAAAAACACGGACUAAAUUUGUUUUCAACCUCCGUCAUUCUCUAAACUGACAAAUCUUUUUAGAUGAUUUAUAUUUGUAUCUAUUUCAAUAAUUUAAACACGAGUAUCGAUUUGUAUGUGUUUUUCGUGUCAUACUUUAAGUUUCAUUUACUUUAAUUACGUGCUUCUUUAUUCAUUUUUAUAACUCGAUUCAUUUUUAAGAAGAAAGAAAGAAAGAAACACUUAUAGGUCGGCUUUUCACAAUUAAAUUACAGAUUAAGUGGAUGAUAUAUUGCGUAUGAUACAAUAGGUAUGAUGCAUAUUUGCGUAUACUCAUGUAUUUAUAGCACCAUGAUGUUUAAGGAAUACAUUUUUUAAUCUUUAUAAAAACAGAUCAAAGCAAAUAAUGUACUUGGCGUGAAAUAUUAUUAAGAAAACAAAAAUCUUAUCAUUUGUCACAUUCAAUAAAUAAAUAUUUCUAUUAAAUAA